CCAUCAAUAAGUCCAGUUAUGUUUGGGAAUUCCGUUUUGUUUACACAAGAUUAUAGUAAAAACAUGACCUGUCAAAUUUGACAUGCUGGCAUCGGACACGUUUAAAUCGUUCACGAAAAGAAAGCCAUAGCACAAUGGCAACAUACCAAGAGUUUAUACAGCAAAAUGAAGACAGAGAUGGUGUUCGAUUCAGCUGGAAUGUUUGGCCAUCAAGCCGACUUGAGGCAACAAGGAUGGUGGUACCACUAGGAUGUCUCUACACACCAAUCAAAGAGAGGCCAGACUUACCACCUAUUCAGUAUGACCCCGUUUUGUGUACGAGACCCACCUGCCGUGCCGUUCUCAAUCCAUACUGCCAGGUGGACUAUAGGGCAAAGAUUUGGUCUUGUAACUUCUGCUUCCAGAGGAACCCUUUUCCACCACAAUAUGCCGCAAUUACUGAGCAACACCAGCCAGCGGAGAUUAUCCCACAGUUCUCAACCAUUGAAUACACCAUCACACGAGCAACCUGUUCCCCACCAGUCUACUUGAUUGUUCUUGACACAUGUAUGGAGGAAGAUGAUUUGCAAGCUAUCAAAGAGUCACUACAGAUGUCUCUGAGCCUGCUGCCUCCUAACGCCCUGAUUGGUCUGAUCACGUACGGCAAGAUGGUUCAGUUACAUGAGCUGGGCUGUGAGGGAUGCUCCAAGAGUUAUGUCUUUAGGGGCACAAAGGACCUCAAUGCAAAACAGAUCCAGGACAUGCUUGGUAUUGGUAAAGGCGGAGCAGCACCAGCAGCAAGGGGAGGCCAGCAGCAGCAACAACAACAGCAGCUACCCUCCAACAGGUUCCUCCAGCCUGUACACAAAUGUGACUUCAGCCUAACAGACCUGCUAGGGGAGCUACAGCGUGACCCGUGGCCUGUCACACAGGGCAAGAGACCCCUACGGUCAACUGGCGUGGCUCUGUCCAUCGCUGUUGGACUUCUGGAGUGCACAUUUCCCAACACUGGAGCCCGAAUCAUGCUGUUUAUGGGCGGUGCAUGCACCCAGGGGCCGGGGAUGGUUGUAGGGGAGGAGCUGAAGUUUCCCAUCAGGUCCCACCAUGACAUUGAGAAGGACAACUGUAAAUACAUGAAGAAAGCUAUGAAGCAUUAUGAGGGCCUAGCUAACAGAGCGGCAAAUAAUGGUCAUGUGAUAGACAUCUACUCCUGCGCCCUGGACCAGACUGGCCUUCAUGAGAUGAAGUUCUGUUCAAGAUACACUGGUGGUCACAUGGUGAUGGGAGAUUCGUUCAACACCUCGCUGUUCAAACAGACCUUCCAGCGAGUCUUCUCCAAGGAUGCAAAGGGAGAGUUCAAAAUGGCAUUUGGAGGAACAGUAGAAGUCAAGACUUCCAGAGAAUUGAAAGUAUCAGGAGCUAUCGGCCCCUGUGUGUCAUUAGGGAUCAAGGGACCGUCAGUAUCAGACACAGAGAUGGGUCUGGGCGGCACAUGUCAGUGGAAACUUUGUGGGCUUUACCCAAACAGCACCCUAGCAUUCUUCUUUGAAGUAGUCAAUCAGCACAAUGCGCCCAUACCCCAGGGUGGUAGAGGCUACAUACAGUACAUCACACAAUACCAGCACUCCAGCGGGCAACGUAGAGUUAGGGUCACAACUGUGGCCAGAAAUUGGGCGGAUGCCAGUACGAAUAUCCAGCAUAUAUCAGCAGGCUUUGACCAGGAAGCAUCCGCUGUAUUGAUGGCGAGAACUGCUGUGUUCCGUGCAGAGACGGAUGACGGGCCAGAUGUACUCAGAUGGCUCGAUAGAAUGCUUAUACGACUGUGUCAAAAGUUUGGAGACUUUCACAAAGACGACCAGAACUCGUUCCGGUUCUCGGACAAUUUCUCCCUGUACCCACAGUUUAUGUUUCACUUGAGACGAUCACAGUUCCUACAGGUCUUCAACAAUAGCCCUGAUGAAACUUCAUAUUACAGAUACAUGCUGAAUAUAGAAGAUUUAACACAGAGCUUGAUUAUGAUACAACCCAUUCUGUAUGCUUAUUCCUUCAGUGGCACGCCAGAGCCCGUGCUUUUGGAUACCAGUAGCAUACAGCCAGACAGAAUACUUCUUAUGGACACUUUCUUCCAAAUUCUUAUUUAUCAUGGAGAGACUAUAGACCAGUGGCGCCAACAGAAGUACCAGGAACUCCCAGAGUAUGAAAACUUCAAACAGCUUCUACAGGCUCCAAUAGACGACGCUCAGGAGAUUCUGCAGACACGGUUCCCCAUGCCAAGAUACAUCGACACAGCUGCUGGCGGAUCACAGGCUCGUUUCCUGUUGUCGCGCGUCAACCCAACACAGACUCAUAACAACAUGUACGCCUACGGAGGGGGCGGAGCAGGGGUUCCCAUGAUUGGGGGUACAGGGCCCCAACAGGAGGGAGCAGCUGCAGUGUUGACAGACGAUGUGAGUUUGCAGGUGUUUAUGGAGCACUUGAAGAAGCUGGCCGUCUCCUCCUCCACUUGAUGGCUUCUCCCACAUGUGACCUCUGACCUCAUAAACCACGCCCACACUGAUAGCACCUACAGUCCUGUGACCACAACUCCUACUCUCAUGUGACCAUUGCCUCCUCAUUUGAGGCUCAGCAAGGGGAGAAUUAUCAGUGAAUUUGACAAGUUUUGCUUACUGCAGGACAUUAAAUUUGCCAAAUUGUUGAAUUCUUAAUUUUUGUAACUGUUUGAUUUAGGUAAUCAACCUUAGAAAAUCGUUUAUUGCAAAUAAGAUAAUUGUACCUAAAUGACUCCUAUAUAGUAUCAGGUAAUUAAAACCCAUUCAGAUACGACCAUAAUUACCAGCCUUAUUUAAUAACAAUAAAAUAUAUCGAACCAAAGUCCACAUAAGGUCAUCAUGUGACCACUAAAUCCCUCCAUUGGUUAAACAGUUAUGAAUAUAUAUUUGAGGGUGGUUUGGCGUCAUGUCAAUUGCAAAAGAAAGUUUAUCUGCCAAAAUAGAUGAGAUUUACAUAUUUUGUUUCAAACCAGCAUUUUUUCUCUGCUUGGAAGCCUUUGAAAGGCAGGUUUCAAGGUAAAUAAAUCAUUCAGUUAUUAAUAGUUCCAUUUAAUCUGUUAAGCAGUAAAAAUGAGUUAAAUACUAGUCACACUUCUAUUUCAAUACAAUUUAUGUUUUUUUUAAAGCAUACUUUAAAGCCGGUUUAAAGUCUCUAAAUAAUGGUAAAAGAUUGUACGGUUGUAUGUAAUUACCAAAAUAAAUGGUAAAAUGUUACUGUGUUUCAUAACCAUUUGUUUUUCAAAAUACUUAAAAAAAAAAAAAUAAGAUUUUACUGGUCUACAUCAUAUUGUGUAAACUACCAAUUAAUUGGGCCAGCCACAAUUUAUAUCUACAGCUUCACCUGAUUGCAAUUCAAUAACUACUGAUUUACUGAAAUUAAUGUUAGGAAAAACUGCCCUCUCAUUGGACAAAAUAGAAUGUUGACCACUACAUUUUAUAAAGACAUUUGAUUCAUAUUUUUAUUUGGCAGUGUUUGUGAUAUAUCAGAAGGGCACAUGAAUGGGAAAACUAGAAUAUGUUUAUGAAAAUUGUCACUUAACAAAUGCUUUCUAUCUUAACAUUCAUUUUUUCUUCGUAUUAAGAUCUUUUCCUUCAUUGUAAGAAGGAUUUAAAACAUGUUUAUCAUCGUUCUGCUUUUCCAUUGGACCAACAUACUUGUAACCAAUUGAAUGUUGUUUGUACCUGUGAUUUCUUUCCCCUCGGUGCCAUGGAUUUGUAACUGCCCUCUGGCCCAAAUUUCUCGAAGAAUCUUAAGUCCUGUAACAGGAUUAAGCUAAUCACACUCACUUGUUUUAAAAAAUAUUUAGAUCUAUUUUGGUAUUAUUUUUGUAAUGGUCUCCUUUUGAAGAGUUCAAAGAUUUAAAGGGAAAUGAGCCGCAUCGCGCGAUUUUGGGCCUUCGGACAUAAUUAUUACAAAUGAAAUAAUCAUUAAUAAAAAAUGCCAAAAAUAGUGAUUUUUUUCUAUGUAAAUCAAUUUCUUCCUGACUUCUUUCUUUUUAAGGUUUGUCAUUGGUGCAUCAUUUUCUCGAUAAUUUAUGACCAUUGGUUUACUCAUGUUUCCAUAGCAACCAUGGAUUUCAUCCCGACAUAUUUUGACUGGAUUGAUAGUCAGUGUUUAAAACGGCCAAAUGUAUUAAAAAUACAAAAAUGAUUCAUUAUUUUUUUCUUAAUUUAUGAUCCUUAAAGAUUCUAUGAUAAGAAAAUGAUUUAAAUUAUAAGCUAGUUGUAAUAUUGAUACAAUAAUAUUGCACAUCAUUUGAAUAAUGCACUUUCAUUACGACGUCAUUUGAAUGACGUCAAAUUUAGUAUUCAAAAUGCACAGUACAUGAUCUCACUUGUAAACACGUUACUUUCGCAAUUUAAGUGAUAUCAUCAUAAAAAUUUCAGAAUAUCUUUCUGAAAUUACAUGGCAUCCAAAUACCUUAAAACAUUGUAAUAGCAAAAAUAUGUCUGAAGGCCCAAAAUCGCGCGACGCGGCUCAAAUGAUCUAUAUGAUAUUCACAAUAAACUAUCUUCUAUUUUGUAUAAUCAAGGUUUAAGUAAUUUUUGCUAAAAGAAAUCAUACCAACGUCUUUUGUAUAUAAAAGCUUGUUACAUUUAAGAUUUUUACGAGAAAUUUGGGUUAGGUUUUAUUGUAAUUUCUUCUGUAAUAGUUGAAAAGCUAAUAAAAAACUAUUUGACUAUUAUACAAUAGAUCUUGCACAGUAAAUGUUUUACAUAAAAUCUCUGUUUGAUAUUGUAUUUCACAUGCUAAAUUUAAUAAUGCCAUGAUCUUAAGUGCUGCAUCUUCAUAUAUAGUUCUAUUAUUGUGUAUGAUUUUAACAUUUGAAUAUUUCAACUGAGCUGACUGAUGUACAUGUAAGUUAAAGGAUUUGAUUCAGUUCCUUAUCCAGUCAUCGAAAUUAGAUUUUCGGAUAAGCAAGCCCUAAUUGUUGCACUAUGGCAUUGCAUGAACAAAUAUAACAAGCCCUGCUAUAUAUUAUAAGCAAGCCCGGAUCACAUUGUAUCACUUAAGGGUUUGUGCUGUUUUUGACCAUUGCUGCCAUUCAACAUGCAAUUACAUGGGCAUUGUUCCAAUAAAGACCAAUUUAAGUUGAAAAUUGAAAUAUCGUCCAAGUCAUUAUUUUGCCACAUCUUAAUCUGAAUUGAACCUUAGCCAGCUGUGAAAAUAAACACAAAGUCAAUGAAAUAGAUUUUUUAUUUCUUGCCAUUUGUGAUGUUUAUACUUCGAUAAUUGAAGUUAUAACAAAUCGUUUAUUGCAACAGCCCCCUAGUGUUUUAAUGGUGUACAUGUAAACCAGCUGCUUUCCAUUGUAUCAGUGAUAGAAAUAAUUGUAUUUGAAAUUAGAUUUAUGAUCAUUAUGCCUUGAUGGAGUAUUAUUAUUUUCCUGCAUAUAUGUUUUUGUUGCUUUAAUUAUGUAUCAGUGUUGAAGAAGGUCAGAAUAAAGUGUAAAAACUUGA